AUGGGUCAGUACCUCAAGAUGGCUCCCACCAGUCUUCCUCUUCAGGAGGACAAGCAGAAGCCAGACUACAGCAACGAGGCCGUCUUCAGACGGAACUGUCUUCCUGCUCGGUCCUAUUUCAUUCCGGAUACCUCACUCUUGCUCAAUGGCAGCUGGGACUUCCAUUAUGCCUCCACUCCUCUUGAGGCACCAGAGCCGGAGGCAGUCAGAGAUACAGCUUGGGCCAAUUUGAAGGUACCCGGCCACUGGCAGCUGCAGGGCUACGGGAAGCCUUGGUACACCAAUGUUCAGUACCCAAUACCCGUAUGCCCUCCUCACGUGCCGACCGAGAACCCGACUGGUACCUACAAGAGGACCUUCUUCGUCCCGAGCACGUGGGAUCACUCGACACAGCUGCGGUUGCGCUUUGAUGGUGUGGAUAGUUCUUAUCACGUCUGGGUGAAUGGGGUGCUAGUAGGCUAUGCACAGGGCGCGAGAAACCCUCACGAGUUUGAUGUCUCUGAACAUGUGGAGAGAGACGGCCCCAAUGAGCUGCUAGUCCGCGUCUACCAGUGGUCGGAUGGCAGUUACAUUGAGGAUCAGGAUCAGUGGUGGCUCUCAGGCAUCUAUAGAGACGUCUAUCUCCUUGCCUUUCCUACCGAUGCGCGGAUCGAGGACUGGUUCAUCCGAACUGACCUCGACGACAAGUACGAGAACGCCACUCUUCAGGCAACGAUCGACGUCUUGAGCGACAAGGCAGGAACACUUGAGCUCACACUGUCAGAGCUGGACAAGAAUGGUGGCUCUGUCAUUGAGACCAAGACGACCGACGUCGGAUCUGGUUCUUCUAAACUUGACAUAUCUCUGCCUGUGACCAAGCCGGCGAAAUGGACCGCCGAAUCUCCUUAUCUCUACUCCGUACAGUUGACCCUGAAGGCAUCCUCCUCUCCGCCCUACACCGUUACGCAGAGGAUAGGGUUCCGCAAGGUCGAGCUGAUUAAUGGGCUCAUGACUGUCAACGGUACCCGGAUUCGUCUGCGCGGCGUCAACAGGCACGAACACCACCCUCAUUUCGGCCGUGCGGUGCCUCUCGACUACAUCAAGAAGGACCUCCUCCUUAUGAAGACCCACAACGUGAAUGCCCUGCGGUGCUCUCACUACCCCUCCCAUCCCAAGCUACUCGACAUGGCCGAUGAGCUGGGUCUCUGGGUCAUGGACGAGGCAGAUCUCGAGUGCCACGGCUUUUACGAUGCCGUCGCAAGACCCCAGGAUAUCCCGGAGCACAUGGACUACGAGGAACGGAAGAAGUUCACUUUUCCCCAGGCUGCCAAAUUUACCACUGACAACCCGACUUGGAAGGAAGCGUACGUUGACCGCAUGAGAGACCUGAUCCAGCGCGACAAGAACCACGCUUCCGUCAUCGUAUGGAGCCUGGGCAACGAGGCUUUCUAUGGUCAAAACCACAAGGCCAUGUAUGAAUACGGAAAGAAAGUCGACCCUGGAAGGCUGAUUCACUACGAAGGCGAUGUGCACGCCGAGACGGCAGACAUGUACAGCUACAUGUAUCCGCCGAUCGAGCGACUGCUGAAGCUGUCACAGACCGAGGGUGUCAAAGACGGCAAAUACGAGAAGCCGGUGGUGCUCUGUGAGUACGGGCAUGCCAUGGGUAACGGACCAGGUUGGCUGGAGGACUAUGAAGAGCUUUUCAGAACCCACCCGCGCCUGCAGGGCGGAUUCAUCUGGGAGUGGGCCAAUCAUGGCUUGUGGAAAGAAGAGGGUGACGGGACUGGCAAAGGUGGCUACUAUGGCUAUGGUGGCGAUUUUGGUGAUUUCCCCAACGACGGCACGUUCGUCAUGGACGGCUUGUGUUUCAGCAACCAUGAGCCCACGCCGGGACUGACCGAGUUCAAGAGGGUGAUUCAGCCUGUGGGCUUCUCUGCGCAAGGCGACAAGCUCAGCCUCGAAAACUACUACGACUUUAUCGAUCUUUCCCACUUGGUCGCCUCGUACAAGGUGGAGGAACUAGGCCAGGAGAGCAGGCUACUUGCCUCAGGCACGCUUGACAUCCCAGACAUCAAGGCGGGCAAGAAGGGCGAGAUUGACCUGAAAAGUGCCGUCUCGAGGUUCAAGAGUGACAAGGACGUAUUUGUUACAGUGUCGUUGACCAACCGCGACGAGACACCUGGGCUCAGUGCGGGACACGAGGUCGCGUGGACGCAGUGGCAGCUCUCUCAUGCUGCACAAGCUCAGUCACCCUUAUCACUGGACAGGCUAUCCUCUUCUGUCCAUGUCACCACUGCUGGGCCCAAGGUCACGGUUUCUGGGCCGCACUACAAUUUUGAGUUUGACCGUGCCCGCGGUGCACCCAUCUCGUGGGCGGUCAACGGUGUAUCGAUCCUGGAAGCCGACCCCUCGACCGGCGUCGCCAUCCUUCCCUCGUUCUGGCGACCCGCCACAGACAAUGAUGUCCCUGGAUCAUUGCCGUACUGGCAGCGCUUCGGCGUCGACAUAUUGGAGUCUCAACUACGGUCCUUUGAGAUCGACACCUCGGAUCCUAGCAAGGCAGUCCUCAAAGCACACACUUUCAUCACACCACCAGUCCUAGCAUGGGGCUUUGAUGCUAAGAUCGAGUAUAUCGUCACCAACACCGGCGCACUAAAGGUGGAUGUCAAGAGUCUCACGCCCACUGGUGCCAUCCCCGACCAUGUCCCCCGGGCGGGCUUCAACCUCCGCCUGAGCAAGCACCUAGAUAAUGUCUCCUGGUACGGCCUCGGCCCAGGCGAAAGCUACCCAGAUAAGAAGUCCGCCCAGCGCAUGGGUAUCUGGACAGUGCCUACGGUCAAGGACCUGCAGGUACCCUACGAAGUGCCGCAGGAGAACGCCAACCGCAUGGAGGCACGCUGGGUACAAGUCGCCGACGCGCACGGGGCGGGCGUCAAGGCUACCUCCACCAACGACAACGGGAAUCUGUUCAAUUGGGUCGCGAGCAACCAUUCCAUCGACACGGUCCACGCGGCCAGACACCCGCCUGACCUGGUUGAGGAGGACGCCACGCUGCUGAGGCUGGAUUACAAGGUGGCUGGUGUGGGCACUGCAGCUUGCGGCCCCGGCGUCAGGGAGGACUUGUUGGUCAAGGUGGAGGAGAUGAAGUUUGGAUUCGUGCUGGAGAGCGUUGGGCUUUGA